CUGAUAAAAACAGAACAAAACAAUACGGAAGUAAAACGGUAGGGAGCGUUUGUUUGUGCUCGUUGACGAAGACAUACAUGUUGAAUACCCAAUUCUCAGUCGACUGAAACAUGUCUAAACUACAGUCGUUUCGUGUGUUUUUAAAUGAGCGUUUAACCGCGGCAGCUGUGGAGAUUUUAGGGGCAGUUGAAGAAACGGUAGCGGAGUACCUCGAGGAGAAUGAUCGGCUACGGAGAAUGCUGCGGAUCACACCGGAGAUACAACUAUGUAGGAUAGAUUCCCUGCAGCUCUCUCUUGCUGUCUCUGAAGAGGAGGUUCUCCCUGAGCAGCAGCACUGUGAGCAGGAGUGGAGCCCCAGUCUGGGGCAGGAGAACCCAGAGCUUCCACAGAUUAAAGAGGAACAGGAGGAACUCCGGACCAGUCAGGAGGAAGAGCAGCUUCAAGGGCUGGAGGCUGAUAUCAAAUUCACUCCUUCCUGUGUGAAAAGUGAAUGUGAUCAGGAGGACCCACUUCAGCCCUUCACUUCUCCCCAAACCCAGACUGUGGAGAACAGAGAGAGUGACCCUAAACAAGUGGAUCUCACACCUUUUGUUACUGUGACCCACCUUAAGGGUCUCUACAUUCCCUGUGACACUCCAGAUAAUCAAAACAAUGCCUCCAGCCACAGGUCAGCUGUAAGCAGUGACCCAGUAGGACUUGACAGCAGCCCACGAUUGGAUCCCAGCCCAUCAAUGGCGGAACAUUGUUCCAAACCCAGCACGUCUAGAAAAACUCACCACUGCCGUGACUGUGGUGAAAAGUUUGCUCUGAAAGCUGACGUGCGGAGGCAUAUGACUCUCCACAAGAAGAGACUUCGUGAAUGCAGCUUCUGCAGAAAACGCUGCACCUCCACCUGUCAACUAAAGGCCCAUGUCCGCCUCUGUCACAGUGGGAAACCCUGCACCUGCCCUGUUUGUAGCAAGACCUUCAAACUCAAAGGAUAUCUGUCCAAGCACAUGAGGAUUCACACAGGAGUGGGGGAGAGAACAUUUAGCUGUGGAGACUGUGGGAAAAGCUUCAAUUUGAAGGGGAACCUAAAGAACCAUAUGUUGACUCACACAGGAGAGAAAUCAUUUAGCUGUGGUGACUGUGGGAAAAGCUUCAUUCAUAAGUGGAACCUAAGGAGCCAUAUGCUGACUCAUACAGGAGAGAAACCAUUUAGCUGUAGUGACUGUGGGAAACGCUUCAAUCAGGAGGGGAACCUACGGAACCAUAAACGGACUCACACAGGAGGGAAACCAUUUAGCUGUGAUAACUGUGGGAAAAGCUUCAAUCAGAAGGGUUCCCUAAAGAAGCAUACACUUACUCACACAGGAGAGAAACCAUUUAGCUGUGCUGACUGUGGGAAAGGCUUCAAUCAGAAGGGGAACCUACGGAACCAUAAACUGACUCACACAGGAGAGAAACCAUUUAGCUGUGAUGAUUGCGGGAAAAGCUUCACUCAAAAGUCUAACUUACUGACGCAUGUGAAAAAAAUCCACAAAGGAGGAAAACAGGAUAGAAACUGAAAGAAAAUUAGGACAAAGAUCUAUUUAGUCACAAGGUGAAAAUAAAAAGUCAGGAUGUGGACAAUUCUGAGUACACCCUCAGACACAUAGCUGGAAUAAGUCUGAGCCAAUAGUCAGAUUAGCUGAUGACUAAAUUAGCAAUGCAGAUGGCAUUAUUUUGCUAAGUGCAGAGAUGUAUUAUGGGUAUGAAUGUGUAGGGGACUUCUGGAAUUCUACAGAUUUUGUGGCCCAGCAGGAAGAUCAGCAUAUCCCAAAUCCAGAGGUUGUCAGUUCAAAUCCCAGGUGGGGUCAUAUUGAAAAGUCUACUAAGUGAUUAUGUCAAAUGUAAUCAUAUUGUCAUUGCUUACACCAUUAUAGUUUAGCAGUGUAUCACUAACCUUAAACAGAAUACAUGGUCCCAAAUCAAAUUGUAUUGGUCACAUACACGUGUUUAGCAGAUGUUAUUGCGGGUGUAGCUAUAAUGCUUGUGUUUCUAGCUCCAACAGUGCAGUAAUAUCUAACAAUUCACAACAAUACACACAAACCUAAAAGUAAAAUAAUGAAAUUAAAGAAUAUAUAAAUAUUAGGAUGAGCAAUGUCGGAGUGGCGUAGACUAAAAUACAGUAGAAUAGAAUACAGUAUAUUCAUAUGAGAUGAGUAAAGCAAAGAUAUGUAAACAUUAUUAAAGUGACUAGUGUUCCAUAAUGAAAGUGGCCAGUGAAUUCAAGUCUAUGUAUGUAGGGCAGCAGCCUCUAAGGUUCAGGUUUACGUAACCGGGUGGAAACCGGCCAAGAGAACAUUCUCAAAUAUGUGGGUGUAAAACACUGUUAAAAGCACUGUUUUUGUGUGUCGGUGGCUGUCCCUAGCAUUGCCAAAAGACAAAGAGCUGUGACUGGAUCAGUGGUUCACCAAUCAGGGCCUUGAUGGGCUUGGCAACAGUAACAAGGGGUGAGGUGUAUUGAAACUAGGGGGCGCGUGCCUUGGGUAAACCAUUUUUUGGGGGGGAGAACAUUUCUUUACGGGCAUUGGUUAAGGUCCUCGGAACAAACCGAGAACUAGACAACAACCUCCAGGAGAGCAUGACACAACAUCCCAAGAAUGCCUUCAAAACGUCCUCGAGACCAGCCAGGAACUAGACAAAUCCUCUAGGGAACCAUGACACAACGUCCUGACGACGUCAGGCAACCAUUUUGUGACAUCCUGGGAGGUCCUAACGACUCAUUAUUGUUUACUGAGAAGUUAUGUUAUUCAUUAAAAAGGUAACAUUUACUCUUAUUUUAUAAACCCAUAUGUUCUUUACAUAUUUUCUGCUACAAAAGUAGGCAAAGCUGUCAUCAAGGCAAAGGGUGGCUACUUUGAAGAAUCUCAGAUAUAAAAUAUAUUUUGAUUUGUAUAACACUUAUUUUGGUUACUACAUGAUUCCAUAUGUGUUAUUUCAUAGUUUUGAUGUCUUCAAUAUUAUUCUACAAUGUAGAAAAUAGUAAAAAUAAAGAAAAACCUUUGAAUGAG